GCCCUCAUCUGUGUAAUAUGAUGUAUCCUAAGCUUAGCGAGUGUGGAUACAGGACACAGAGAAGAGUUAAACAAGGGAGGGGUGAAAAUUGAGAAUGGUUCAGCUGGCUGAAAUACUUCAGGCGUGGUUUUGAAUGUUUUCCUUGUGCACACUGGCGGUCUUCAGAUUUCAGAAACGAGCAGCAAAAAGUAGUCUGUAGUGUCGUUACCACCUAAAGUUCAAGCAAAACAGGAAUACUCUCUCAAAGAUGGCAACGCGCAGCAGCAGUAAUGAGGAAGACGUGAAGGAUAUUCAAAACAACAUUGACUUAAAAAGGGAACUGACGGAUCCUAUCACUGAGAUACUGCUCCCACAAGAUGUGGUAUGUGAUUCCUGCAUGGACAGCCCUAAUAAGGCACUGAAAUCAUGCCUGACUUGUCUGGUUUCUUACUGCGAGGCCCAUCUUAGACCCCAUCUGGAAAACACGAAAUUUCAAAACCACCGUCUUGUGGAUCCGCUACACGACAUCGACUGUCGGACUUGUGAGGUUCAUCAGCUUCCUAUCGAGCGCUUCUGUCUGAUGGAUGGCUGCUGUUUGUGUCUGGAGUGUGAGAACCAGGAGCACGAGGGGCACACGUCUGCAUCUGUGGGGGAGGCACGGACACAGAUUGAGACUGAGAUGCAGAAUAAACAGGAAGAGAUCAGUCAGAGUUCUUCAUCAGCUGAGAAAGCAAUUGGAAAGCUCCAGGACAACACUGAUUUAAUAAAGUCUUCAGUGCAGGAGGUUUGUGUUAUUGUUGAACAGCAGUUUUCCAGGCUGCAGACAACUGUCGAGGAGGCCAGAAAAGGGGUGAAGGAGGUGCUGGAGGGAGAGCAGAGCCAGGCCCUGAGACAGGCUGAGGGCAUCCAGGCACAUCUGGAGCAGAAGAGAACAGAGCUGCAGAAAACUUUGGCUCAAAUGAAUAAACUCUCCAGGAGCAAGUCAGAUGUGGACUUCCUGCAGGAGUACUCAGAGUGGAAGAAAGGAGUGGCAGAUGUAUGUCUGCCUAGCCCGCACAUCAACCGCAUGAACCAUCUAACCUCUUUUGUCCAAGUUGUGACAGAUACUACCAAGGAGCUGUGUGACCUGAUCCUUUCGUCCUACACAGAACAACUGAAAUGUAAAAGUGGUACUAAAUCCCUGAUGCCAGUAUCUGAACCACCAGCACUGCCUGAUCCUGAGACCCGAGAAGACUUUUUAAGAUACACAAGGACUUUGACCUUUGACCCAGACACCACCCAUCCUUUUCUCCGUGCAACGGAUGGCAACAGAAAGCUGACCAACACCAGCCCCUGGCAGCACAGCUACCCAGACCACAUUGCUCGCUUUGAUUAUUGGCGUCAAGCAAUGACUUCGGACAGCCUUUACUUGGGGAGGCACUAUAUUGAAGCAGAGCUAAGUGGGGAGGGAGCACAUGUAGGAGUCACGUACAAGAGCAUCUAUCGUAAGGGAGAGCAAAGCACCAGCUGCAUCACUGGGAACGACUUUUCCUGGUGCUUCGGAAAGAACAGUAGAGGAUUCUUUGCCUGGCAUGCUGGUGUGGAGACGCCUUUGGAAGGCACUGAUAUCACCAAAAUUGGCUUAUCUGUAGAUUUUGAAAGGGGCUCUCUGUCUUUCUUUGAUGUAACAGGUCCUAUGCAGCUGCUCCACAAGUACAUGGUUGAUUUUAUAGAGCCCUUAUAUGUUAUAGCCUGGCUGUCAAAGAAAGACAAUGUCAUUGCUCUUGUUUAAGAAAAUGUUCAUCUGCCUUCACUGCAAGCUUGUUAAAGAGAAGUGCCUUAUAAAUGUUUAUUGAGGUUACAUAACAAGAUAUAUAAUUUUAUGGUGCAUAUGGAGGAUGUUUUCCCAUACAUCUCAUUUUAGGUUAAUUUUACUACCAUCUAGUGGCACCUCUGUAAAAUGACUGAAGCAACUUGUGGAGCAGUAGGUGUGUUAAGAAUUUACUGCAGCUUUAAUGCUCUUGAAUGUACAACGGAUGGGGGAAAAAAAUACACAAAUGUCUGCCAGCAUUUCUUUUAUUUGUGUUUUACACUUGCUGAAAAAACAGAAAUAAAGCAUUAAGAGGA